AUGAGUUACCCUCAAGAUGGGCGAGACGUGGAGGACCGACCGACGACGCCGGGAUCAGUCAAGAGGGCCAGGGAGAGGGCUAUGGCGGGACUACCAAGAGAAGCGCCAGGUUUACCUAUAAGCCCGAAUGCUGGACUUUCUUCCAGGAUACCACGACCCGUAGCAAGUAGUCGAGAUGGUUCGUCAGGCCCUCCUACGAUCUCGAGACCGACACCAGUACCCCAAUGGCCUCUCGCGGGCCCUCCGGCGUCUUCAAUAUCGAAACCAAUCUACCAGCCGCCCCCGGGAAGAGGACCUGCCCCUCAACGACCUCCUCGUCCGAGCCCGAGCCAUGUCCCUUCGAUGUUGGAUGCAUCAAAAAUUCAGGAACAUGUUCCUGUAUUUCAGUACACUCCGCAAACCGGACGCGAAUCCGAAGUUUCCAUGGGACAGUCAAUGGCAUCAUCUCAAUCCCGUCCAACGACCGUCGACUCGGUUGGGUCGAUUCCCGACUUUCCGCUACCCAUGACUGGCGGUGUCACGGGGCCUCCGCGAAGGAGUGUAACGCUUGGCCCGCCCCCAUCCGCGCGACGUGGGGCUUCAUCAUUUUACUCAAACGCGUCAUUUGUGUCGCCGAUUCCAGAAGAGAGCCCAAGAGCCAGGUCUCACACGUCGUAUGCAUCCAGUGCGGCCAUGCCCAGAGAAAGUUGGGCGUCUUCGACGUCCCCAGGCCCGAGUCCGACCGAAUAUCAGGACGGGGCCUUCGACGACAGGCUCCAGGUGGGCGGCAGAGAUGCCUUCAACGACGAGGCUGGAGAUGAAAGCCAACUCGUGAGGAGUGCGAGCGUUGGCAAGAGGGGCAAGGCUUCACUUGUGAAUACGUCUGGGGUAAAUAGGGCAUCAGAGAUCCCAGAGGGGGACGAACGCCCGGCUCCGUCGCCGCUGCAGGGAGGCCCGUUUGGUCAGGGUACCGGCUACCGUGACUCUUCAAGUUCCGGAAGCAUGCCCAGGGCCAAGGGCAGCGUGGGAAUGGCACUAACAGCCGACUCUAUUCUAAACGCAUAUGGGGCUGCAAGCUCUUCUGACCCAUCGGAUUCGUACAGUCGCCGCAUGUCUGUCUCUCCACAGCCGCCAGUUUACAGCCACCUCUCCGCCAUCCGCAGGCCACCAAGGCUGGACGUUGAUGGUAUCAAGGCUGCAGAAUCCCGAGGCAGCUUGACAAGUUUACCGGACCUGAUUCGUCGGGCGACCAGGCUGGCAGCAAGUCUCGAGAAGGGCCGUAGGCCGGCAAGCCGCUUCGACAGCUUCGAUGCAACCGAAUCUUACGGUUAUCCGAACGCCAAUAUCGACGGCGACAAGGAUACAUCAGGCAAGUAG